AUGUCAUCCUUACCCACAGUUAUCCUAGUUCACGGUGCCUGGCAUACCCCACCAAAUUACAAAAGCUACGCCGAUGCUUUGCGGAUACAGGGAUUCAAAGUCCACUGCCCCCACCUUCCGACAUGCAGCGGCACUUCACCUCCAACCGCCUCCCUUGCUGACGAUGUUGCCCAUGUUCAAAAAAUUGUCCAAUCUACGGUCGAAGCGGGCGAGCAUGUUUUGAUGAUCAUGCAUUCGUACGGGGGGGGCUGUUGGGACCGGGGCUGUCGAAGAAGAGCGGCUGGGCUUGCAGGUGGAGUUAUACACCUCCUCUAUCUCUGCGCCUACAUACUCGCACCGGGAUCUACAAUUUGGGAAAUCGUACAAGAGGCUGGUUUCGAUAAACUCUGGGAUCUGUACAUCGAUACAGCUCCCGAUGGUUCGACAGCUAUCAAGGACCCGGGACUCGGAUUUUUCAGCGGCAACGCAGAUCAAGCUGUCAUUGACAAGGCACUUCGAACUUUGGUUCGUUUCCCCUCGUCGGUUUUCUAUGAGAAAACAACAGGUUCUGCGUGGCAGACUGUCCCGACAACCUAUAUCAGCACUCUCAAAGACUACGCUGUGCCCAAGAGCUACCAAGAUAUCAUGCUUGCAAAAGUAAGGAGCCAGGGUGCUGAAGUGAAGGUUGAGGAAUAUGAUGCAGAUCAUAGCUUGUUCAUCACAAUGCAAAGCGACAUGGUCCGCACGGCCUUGAAAGCGGCCGUCGAUGAGAGAAAUUCCAUCUAG